GGUCCCCCGUGAAACCGGCCUAUAUAAGCGCGCCUAACGGAUUUUUCUCCAUAAUUUCCGCUCGGCAAGCCUCUUAACCGGUAUUGUCGAACGAAGACUGACUUAUUUAAUUAACUUAUUUCUACGUUAAGUUACACAAAACUCAAAUCAAAAUGCGUGAGUGCAUCUCAGUACACGUUGGCCAAGCCGGAGUCCAGAUUGGCAAUGCCUGCUGGGAACUUUACUGCCUGGAGCAUGGCAUCCAGCCCGACGGCCAGAUGCCCACUGACAAGAACAUCGGGGGUGGUGACGACUCCUUCAACACCUUCUUCAGCGAGACCGGAGCUGGCAAGCACGUGCCCCGUGCCGUGUUUGUGGACUUGGAACCCACUGUAGUCGAUGAGGUCCGCACCGGCACAUACAGACAGUUAUUUCACCCAGAACAACUUAUCACUGGUAAGGAAGACGCGGCCAACAACUACGCUCGCGGCCACUACACCAUCGGCAAGGAAAUCGUCGACCUAGUGCUCGACCGCAUCCGCAAGCUCGCCGACCAGUGCACCGGUCUCCAGGGCUUCCUCAUCUUCCACUCCUUCGGAGGUGGCACCGGCUCCGGCUUCACUUCUCUCCUCAUGGAACGUCUCUCGGUCGACUACGGAAAGAAGUCCAAGCUCGAGUUCGCCAUCUACCCCGCACCCCAGGUUUCUACUGCUGUAGUCGAGCCAUACAACUCCAUCCUGACCACCCACACGACUCUUGAGCACUCCGACUGCGCUUUCAUGGUCGACAACGAAGCCAUCUACGACAUCUGCCGCCGCAACUUGGACAUCGAGCGCCCGACCUACACUAACCUGAACCGGCUCAUCGGCCAGAUCGUGUCCUCCAUCACGGCCUCCCUGCGUUUCGACGGCGCCCUCAACGUCGACCUGACCGAGUUCCAGACCAACUUGGUGCCGUACCCGCGUAUCCACUUCCCGCUGGUCACCUACGCGCCGGUCAUCUCCGCCGAGAAAGCUUAUCACGAGCAGCUCUCUGUGGCGGAAAUCACCAACGCUUGCUUCGAGCCGGCCAACCAGAUGGUGAAAUGCGACCCGCGCCACGGCAAGUACAUGGCCUGCUGCAUGUUGUACCGCGGCGACGUGGUGCCCAAGGACGUGAACGCGGCCAUCGCCACCAUCAAGACCAAGCGUACGAUUCAGUUCGUGGACUGGUGUCCUACCGGUUUCAAGGUCGGCAUCAACUACCAGCCGCCGACCGUGGUGCCGGGCGGGGACUUGGCGAAGGUGCAGCGUGCCGUGUGCAUGUUGUCCAACACGACCGCGAUCGCCGAGGCCUGGGCGCGCCUGGACCACAAGUUCGACCUGAUGUACGCCAAGCGCGCGUUCGUGCACUGGUACGUGGGCGAGGGUAUGGAGGAGGGCGAGUUCUCGGAGGCGCGCGAGGACCUGGCCGCGCUCGAGAAGGACUACGAGGAGGUGGGCAUGGACUCCGUCGAGGGAGAGGGCGAGGGUGCCGAGGAAUAUUAAGUCGGUCAUGCACUCGCUCACACCGAUACACCGGUGAAAAUGAAUAAAACUGAGAUUAUGUGAA